AGCACUCAGUUUGUCAUAAGAAUAAUUAAAUAAAACUGUAAAUAAUGAUUGGUUCUACUUGCCUUCGUUUAAGUGUAGUCAUUCUUUUAAGCGUUGUUAUGAAGGAGAAAAUAGUAAAAACACAAGAAGUUCAUUUACCACCAGGGCACGAAUGUAAGAUGACUCCUGUUAUUCAUGUUCUGCAACACGCCGGUUGCGUUCCCAAACCUAUACCAUCUUAUGCGUGCAUUGGUAAAUGUACGAGUUACGUGCAGGUGUCUGGUAGCAAGAUUUGGCAAAUGGAGCGAUCAUGUAAUUGUUGUCAAGAAUCAGGAGAAAGAGAAGCAACAGUGGUAUUAUUCUGUCCUAAGGCCAAGAACGAAGAAAAAAGGUUCAGAAAGGUGACUACGAAAGCUCCGUUGGAAUGUAUGUGUCGUCCAUGUGGUACAAUUGAUGAAAGUUCUAUUACAGCAGCGAGUCCCACGUUAUUUGGAACGAGGCGGGAAUCACUGUCCAGUAAGACAUCAGAUAUUAAGGAACCGAAGAAAGAGGAGAAAUCCGUAGUGUUCGAAGACUCUAAAAGUGAUGAUAUUGAAGAAAUAAAUUACAAGGCAAUGCUAAAUAGCUUGGAAGGUGCAGCAUUUCAAUCUAGAUUGCCUUUUGACAAGAUGUCAUCUUUAGAAGCAGAAUGUUUCUCCGAUCUCCAAGGUGCUUCCAGCCAUACAUUUAUUCAGAUAAGAAACAGAAUUCUAAAACUAUGGUUCGAAGAUCCUAAGAAACAGCUAACUCAAGAAGGUUGUGUACAGAAAAUGGAACCUCCAUAUAAUGCUGAUCCACCUUUAGUAAUGCGGGCACAUGCAUUUUUGGAACGACAUGGCUUCAUUAAUUAUGGUAUUUAUGAAAGAAUUACUCCAAUACCUUCACCUCCAAAAGGAAAACAGAGACCAAAAGUCAUCAUAAUUGGUGCAGGUGUAUCAGGUUUGGCUGCAGCAAGACAACUACAAUCGUUUGGUUGUGAAGUUGUAAUAUUGGAAGGCAGGGAUAGAGUUGGUGGCCGUAUUGUUACAUAUAGAAAAGGACCAUAUGUAGCUGAUUUAGGAGCCAUGGUGGUGACAGGCUUAGGUGGUAAUCCAGUAACAACAUUAUCUGUACAAAUGAAUAUGGAGUUACAUAAAAUUAAACAAAAAUGUCCAUUGUAUGAAGCAAAUGGUAUACAAGUACCGAAGCAUAAAGAUGAAAUGGUGGAGCGUGAAUUCAACCGUCUUUUAGACGCGACAUCGUAUCUGUCACAUCAAGUUGACUUCAACUAUUACAAUGACACACCCGUCUCUCUCGGACAAGCGCUCGAGUGGGUCAUAAAACUGCAGCAGAAGAAUGUUAAACAUAAACAGAUUCAACAUUUAAAAGCUGUAAUAACUCUCCAAGAAAAAUUAAAAGGCAAUAUAAAUAAAAUGACUGAUAUCAAAGAGUUAUUGAAAUCAAUGAAAACGGAAAAGGAGAAUUUGUUAUCUGAGAGAGACAAAGUGGGCGCGGGCGAAGCGGGGAUUCUGCACGAGUUCAACUUGAGACGACUUAAUAGAGAGAUGAACCAACUCUGCAAUGAAUACGAGACCCUCAUCACUAACAAUAACACUAUUGAAGAUAAACUAACACAUUUAGAAUCUAAUCCACCGAGUUCAGUGUACCUGUCAGUUCGUGACAGACAGAUCCUGGACUGGCAUUUCGCCAACCUGGAGUUUGCGAACGCGACUCCGCUCGGCAACCUCUCCCUCAAGCACUGGGACCAGGACGACGACUUCGAGUUCACAGGAAACCAUCUAACAGUUCGCAACGGCUACUCGUGCGUGCCGAUUGCAUUAUCCGAGGGUCUGGACAUCCGGCUUGGGACCUCAGUCACUGACAUUGAAUACGGCGGUCCAGGGGUUACCGUCAAAGCGGUCAGUCACAGGACUCCGAAUCAACCUCAAACUUUUAAAGGUGAUGUGGUGCUGUGCACUUUGCCGCUGGGAGUGCUCAAAGUUGCGGUCGCGAACAACGGACAGAACCAACAGAACUUUGUUAAAUUUGAUCCGCCACUGCCCGACUGGAAGGUGGCAGCAAUCAAGCGUCUCGGCUACGGGAACCUAAACAAAGUAGUGCUAUGUUUCGAGCGAACGUUUUGGGACCCGAGUGCCAAUCUCUUUGGUCAUGUCGGUACAACCACCGCAAGUAGAGGUGAGCUGUUCCUGUUCUGGAACCUGUACAGCGCGCCGGUGCUGCUGGCGCUGGUGGCGGGCGAGGCGGCCGCGGUCAUGGAGAACGUCACUGAUGACGUCAUCGUCGGCAGAUGCAUCGCUGUGCUCAAGAGCAUCUUCGGACACGCCGCUGUGCCGCAACCUAAGGAGUGCGUAGUCACUAGAUGGCGGGCAGACCCGUUCGCCCGCGGUUCCUACAGCUUUGUGGCAGUGGGAUCCUCGGGCACGGACUACGACCUUCUCGCCGCGCCCGUCCCCGGAGCGCCCGGAGAUAACAGACUCUUCUUUGCUGGGGAACACACAAUGAGGAACUACCCGGCGACAGUUCACGGUGCGUUUCUGUCCGGGCUGCGGGAGGCGGGCCGGCUGGCGGAUCUGCUGCUGCCUCAUGUAACCAUACCCUCACACGUCUCCUAGACCCAUAACACCGGUUUAGAAGUUCCAGGAUGUUGAACUACAUGGAGAUGCCACAUGGUCAUUGCGUUGUCUUUGCGACAACGCUGCGGUACCACAAUAAACGCUUUGAUGUUGUAAACAUACAAAUUUCAAAUACAUUCACAGAGGAUGGACACUUUUUCGUAUUUUCUUUCUUUCUUACUUUCUUUUUUAUAAGUAAUUUUGUGGAUGUAGUGAUGUAAAGUGAAAUGUUUUCCGAAAAUAAUGCGAUAACGCAUUGGCGACGCUCCGUCCGUGUGGCGUCUCUAAUCUCCUCUAAUAAAGAGUGUCUUACUCUUUACAAUUCUAUAAAUCUCUUACUAGCUUAGUGAAUGUGGUCCAUGCAUUUGAUGUUAACUGAUUUAGUUAGUGCACGUAGACUACAAACUACCGGAUAUAUAGUGUUAAUUGUAAUAAAUUUUCCAGUGGCCUUAAGCUAUCCCUUUUUACAUUCGGUAACUUUUUGCGCAAUUUUUAACUAAAUUAAGAAGUAUAAGCGAUUUUGUUGCUUGCAUUAUUAGUCAUUAGACUUCUGAAAUUUGGAUGAUUGCUUUAAAUAAUAUAGAAGUUUACUGAAGAAGGGCUUAUUAGUAAAUAAUGUGGAUAAAAUGGGCUAUCGUGUAUCGAGCUACAUCCAGUACGAUUCACUUCCGCGAGCAUGACUGCGCCGCGCCGAUACCGCGGUCGUGUACCACCUUAUCAACGAGAUGAUUUGUGCACUUGAUCAUUUAUACUCAGAGUUAGUUAUUGCUUACCUAAGCAUACUCUUAGCCCUUAUUCGCACGGGCGCUUUAAUAACGCUGUGUUAAACCUAGGCAUUAGCGGCUUUCGAGUGAUAAUCGCUUUAUAAUCACUCAAAAUACAAUUGCAUGAUAAAAAAGCGUCUCGAUUUAAAAGCUUUGCCGCAUUUGUUCUAAUUGAAAGAUUUUUUGACGCACGAAAAAAAGCGCCCGUGCAAAUUAGAGCUUGGUAUAGAUUUAGUGUUAAACCUUAGUGACAAUUAAGGAAUGAAUGUACUAGUGGCAUUGUUUCUUUGUAGAAUUA